GUCUCAGGCGACCGAGGACAAGCACUGGCGGGACUGGCGACAGCGGCCCGGAGGUCACAGAGUGGCCGAGUCCGGGCAGUGAAGCCUCUGCUCAAGCGUACGUCUGGGGGAUCCCAGCCCUGGAAGGACACUGUUCUCCAGGUCCCAGGGUUUGCUCAGGGAGGCAGAAGCACAGAAGAUGCCAUGGCAGCUGCCAGAUCUCCUCCAGAGUCCCAGGAGUUCCUGAAAAUGGAAGGUGUGACCCUGAUGCUCUCCCCUGGGUGGACACAGCUGGGUUCUCCAGCGAAAUUCUGCAGAGGUAAAAGGCAGGGGAGCUGUGGCCACCCCAGUUCCCUAGGUGGUGAAAUGCAGGCUAAGAUCAGGGGCUUGUCUCCAGCUAAGGAGUGUCCAGGACAAGAGCCUGGGCAGACUCCGUGCCACCUGGAUGAGGACACUGCCCAAGUUCCUGUCUGUGCUGAAGCUGGUGAAUGGGAGGACAGGUUACAGAGAAAGCAGAAAAAUGCUACAGGGAGCAGGCGGCACAUUUGCCUUGAAUGUGGAAAGAGCUUUGCUCAAAGUUCAGGCCUGACCAAGCACAGGAGGAUCCACACUGGAGAGAAACCCUACGAGUGUGAGGAGUGUGGGAAGACCUUCAUCGGGAGCUCUGCCCUUGUCAUUCACCAAAGAGUCCAUACGGGUGAGAAGCCGUAUGAGUGUGAAGAGUGUGGCAAGGUCUUCAGUCACAGCUCAAACCUUAUCAAACACCAGAGAACACACACGGGAGAGAAGCCCUAUGAGUGUGAGGACUGUGGGAAAACCUUCAGCCAGAGCUGCAGCCUCCUUGAACAUCACAAGAUUCACACUGGGGAGAAGCCAUACCAGUGCACCAUGUGUGGCAAAGCCUUUAGGCGGAAUUCACAUCUCUUGAGACACCAGAGGAUCCAUGGAAAUGAAAAUAAGCUUGGAGAGGUUGGUAAGGCCAAGAUGGAAAGCCAGUGGGACAGUGCUGAAACUCCUGUGUCUUUCAAAUGUAAUGAGUGUGAGAGAAGUUUCACGCGGAAUAGAAGCCUUAUUGAACAUCAAAAAAUCCACACUGGUGAGAAACCCUAUCAGUGUGAUGCGUGUGGAAAAGGCUUCACCCGAACUUCAUACCUCUCUCAGCAUCAGAGGAGCCAUGUAGGGAAGAGUUCUGUCUCAGUGACCCCAUGUGUGCAUAGCAGAGUUGGUGCUCAUUUGUAAUUGAAUGGAAGCCACGUGGAGCCUUGCUGGCUACAGAAGUUGUGGGUGGGGUUUUAUUUACUAAUACACAUCAUCAGGUGUUAGAAAAUAUAUUCUGGCUGGGGUGAAUUAUCGUCUAUAUUUUAGAAGGUGAUUGGAACAAUACUUGACACAAUAGCGUGGGAAUAUUGCCUGGAAGAGGUAGGACCUGAGGUGUUUUGUUCUCAUGUGUCAAAUUUAAUUGGCCGUUCAGAAUGACCAGUGGACUGCAGGCCGCACUUUUUUCUCCUAGAUGGAUGGCUCCUGAUUUAUGGGGCUUCUGCUCUCACCAUUCAGUUGCCAGUAAUGAGUCCUUCAUGAGUUGGUCACAACGAGAAUGGCUUUUACCUGUCAUUGUGCCUUGCGUAUAGGUGCUAAUAAACAUUUACUAGACAUAUCAUAAAAUGACCUUUAAAGCUGUGAACAUCUGUCUCUGAGUUUCUGGUGAAUUUCUAAGGCUGUAUGUGUUGUUAUCUAAUUCUUGAAGAUUCUAGAUUCUGGGUCCAUCUGAGCUAAAUAUGUAAUGUUUCCAGAGUUAAGGUGGGAAUCCGUAUUUCUCCAUGAGGGUAGCACUUAAAGUAAGAAUACCUUAACAGGAAAGGCCUUUAGGCAUAGUUCUUAAUCGCCGAGAACCUUGGAGACAGCUGCAGCCCUAGGACUCUAAUAGUACACAUGAAAUUUGCUGUUCUUUAAAGGGAAGUCUUUCACAAUCUGGUGAAUAAAAAUCAAUGUAUUAAGUCAG